AUUUAAUUUAUGAGCACAUUUUAUUUAUUUGAGGCAGCAGCUGGUUUAGCCUUAUUUUAAUGUGAUAGUAUAGAUGAAACAAAUGUUAAAUCUAAAUAGAUUCAAAAACAAUUCUCUGAGUUUGGUUAAUUCACAGAAGUAUGUCACUUAAAAGUAAUAAUAAUUCUUUAUUUAGGCAUUUCAACCUUUUAUUUCUGCAGAAAUUGCUUUAAAUAAUGCUUUAUCAAUUCAUUCAGGUUCUGUGACUUAAGAGUUAGUAGAUUUCUUAUCAACCAAUUUACCUCCUGUAGGAAAGAAAAACAAGUAAUUUAUUAGAAAUAUUAUUUAUUAGUUUUUCAAUUGCUAUUUGCGAUAAAGGAUUGGCUGCUGGACUUUAAUAAUAUUUGAAUUUAAAGAGUAAAAUGAAUGAAGCAACUGCUUAAGUAUUUAGAGGAAUUAGAACACAUUUUGUUGAAUUUUUAAGAAAUGAAGAUUUUAAAGAGAGAGAUUAUAUUUAAGCUUAAUUAGGUUUAGCACAUUAAGUAUCCAGAAAUAAAGUUAAGUUGGAUAUUAAUAGAGAAGAUAAACAUGUGACUUAAGCUAUAAGCAUAAUUGAAUAAUUAGAUAAAGAUCUUAAUACCUUAAGUAUGAGAAUUAAAGAAUGGUAUUCAUGGCAUUUCCCAGAAUUAGCUAAGAUUGUUACAGAUAAUCGUAUCUUUACAAGAAUUGUAGAUACUUAUGGAGAUAAGAAGAAUAUUAAUGAUUAGGCUUUAUAAGAUAUUGAAGAAAUUACAACAGAUGCUGAAUUAGCAAAAUAAAUAGUAGAAGCUGCUAAAAUAUCAAUGGGAUAAGAUAUUUCUGAAAUUGAUUUAUCUACUCUUAAAGAUUUAUGUAUAAGAGUUUUAAAUUAAUUUGAAUUCAGAGAUAAUAUUCAAGAAUAUUUAAAAAAUAAAAUGACAAAUAUUGCCCCUAAUCUUACAGCAUUAAUUGGUGAAAAUGUAGCUGCUAAAUUGAUUGCUCAUGCUGGAUCAUUAAUUAAUCUUGCCAAAUAUCCUGCUUCUACUAUUUAAAUUUUAGGAGCUGAAAAAGCAUUAUUUAGGGCUUUAAAAACUCGAGGAAAUACUCCUAAAUAUGGUUUAUUAUAUCAUAGUACAUAUAUUGGAAGAGCUAAUGGUACUGAUAAAGGAAAAAUAUCUAGGUAAUUAUUUAUCAAUUAUUAUUAUUUAUUAGAAAUCUAGCCAAUAAAUGUGCUAUUGCUUCCAGAUUAGAUCAUUUCUUAAUUUAACCUACUGAAAAAUUCGGUGUUAAAUUAAAAGAUUAAAUGGAACAAAGAUUGAAGUUUUUAACUGCUGGAGGUGAAUUAAAUAAAAAUACAGAUAUUAUGGAUGAAGUCUUAACCGAAUUAAAAGGAGAAGGACUAUAUUUUGAAAGUGAAAAAUAAUUAACCAAAUAAUAAAAGAAAUCUAAAAAAUCAAAAUCUAAAAAAGUUGUUGAAGAAGUUCAUGAACAACCAGAACAACCUGAAGAAUAACCAUAAGAAGUUCCUAAAAAAAAGAGAAAAGCAUCCAAAUAAUAAUGAUAUAUAAAUAUGGUAUAUUAAAUAAAAAUAUUAUUCACG